AACCCAACACGACAGGCGUUGUACCGCCCUUCGUUCGGUAGGGUCCGCCUCUUCCCUGCGAAUACUCGAUGACGAUUGGAGGCAAAAGGCACCACGUGACGUUCUACGACCUCCUCGAGGCGAGAGAAACAAAAACAAGGCGCGCUCACUGUAUCCACGGAUGUAAAACCCAACAAUUCGGUUUUCUAUUUCUCGGGAGCGCGCGAACUGCUGCUGCUGGACGGAAAACCGACGCCAAAAUCGAAACGUCGCGACUCAUCGGUGCAACCUGCAAAAAUUCACGAGCUGUCAGCAAGAAAAAUUUAGUUUUUGCAACAAUUUACAUUUUUUUAUUGUGUAUGUGUGAUGACAGUUAUGAGAAAUACGUUAUCUGUGAGAGUGGGUACCGACUGACCAAGUGGUUUUUUUAUGUGGAUUUACGUGCUUAAGAAGUAAUAAACUUGUUAAAAAGUGUAUGUUUUGCAACUGUGUUAGUCGAUGAGAUUAGACCAAGAAAGUGGUCUCGUCGCACUAAUGCCUACAGUUGGGGGGCACAUCGAGGAGGAGGUCGACUUUGUCCCAGUCAAAACGCGGUCGAAUACGCCAGACAGCGCCUCUGGGGGGCCCUACUGGAUGCCUCCUAGCGGUGCUAAUGUCGGAGGCACUCCGCAUCAUCCUAUGGACGGAUGUGCGGAGACCGGCUUCAUUAAUAGCCAACCUUCUAUGGCCGAGUAUAUGACUGCAUUGCCGCACCUCUCCGCCGAAAUGCCUCCUCACAGUACAUCAAUAAGUCCGCAGCAUACCUCUCCAGGUGGAUAUGGUAUGGAAGUACCCCACGGACUCGGUUCUCCUGGAGUCAACGUACCAGAAUACCCCUGGAUGAAAGAAAAGAAAACUACAAGAAAAAAUAGUCAACAAGAAAAUGGCCUUCCGAGGCGACUUCGAACCGCGUACACCAACACUCAACUUCUAGAGCUAGAAAAGGAGUUUCACUUUAAUAAAUACUUAUGUAGGCCAAGAAGGAUAGAGAUUGCUGCUUCUUUGGAUCUUACAGAAAGACAGGUAAAAGUAUGGUUCCAAAAUCGAAGAAUGAAACACAAACGCCAAACCCUUGGAAAGCAAGGAGAAGACGGCGAUGACAAGGAUUCCGUAACUAGCGAGGGCAGCAAAAGCGCUAAGCUAUCAGAUAAAUACUUAGAUGACGAAAUGUCCAAAAAGAGCUGUCAGGGAUGCGAAAUGCCUUCAGCAAGUCUUUGUGGAACACCAGAAGAGGUUCCAGAUAUAACAUCUUCUAGGGGUAACAACAAUAACACCCCAAGUGCGACAAAUAACAAUACAGGGGCAUUCAGUAAUGGCAAUUCUAAUGGACCCAGUAGUAUCGAAAUUACAGGUAGUGCCGGCUCGUUUGAUAAACUACUUGAAGAAGACUCUCGAUCAAAUGAAGGAUGCGCUAGCUCAAGUGCAACUUUAAAAGUAAAAAAGGGCGGAACCACCCCCAAUUCCAAUACAAUCAAAGUUGAAAAUAAGAGAAGUUCACCGAGCCUAUGUGAUAGAAAAGUAAGUUUAAGUAAGGCCUCGCCGAGCAGCAUUGUCCAUAAAGACAAUUUGGGUCACCUUGAGAAUACCAGCAGUACUUCGCCAUCUGUAGCAGCAAAAAUGUCACCGAAAAAUCCUGUUAUUGCAACUGGUGCUAGUACAAGCGGCGUGUCACAUUCAGGAGCUUUGGGUAUGUCGCCGACAAUGAUGUAUCCAUCCCACCUACCAAGAUCUUCUCCAACAACUGCUACUGCCAUAGCAUCAGCGACUGUAACGAUCCAAAAUAUGCCACCCAAUUCGAUACCUCCAUUUGCCACCAGAGGCGUAUCUGCAACCUUUGGAAGUCAACAAUAUCAAAUCGCUAAUACAAAUCAGAUUGACUAUAGCAAAAACAAGGGAGCGUAUGGAAUGGGACCACAAUUAUAUAGUGAUGGAAUGUAUAAUCCAGAUCAUACUACAGUAACAGAUGGAGCUGGGUACAGCAGAGGACAAUCACACAACAGCCUGCCAAGAACCGGUCGAAAUUCAAGAGUACAUAAUUUUCAUCAAAACUAUGCACAACAGCAUGCUGCCUACAACUAUGCUUAUAAUAAAACUCAUGGUGCAGAAAACUAUGCUUUAACAGGAAACAAUCAAAACAGUUAUGGUCACAGCUACCAUCCUUCUGAUCAUGGUUCAUACAAUCAUUAUCCAUAUGCAUCAAAUAGUAUGUACAGCUCAGAAGGAACCGAAAAUAUGCAACCUCACAAUAUGACCAGCACCGUCCAAGAUGCCAACUAUUAUGCUAACACUCAAAUUCAGAAGGAGUUUCAGCAACAGAAUAAGAUGGGUUACUAUGAAAACGCUUAUCCUCAUACCCAAUCAUCCAAUCAAGUACCGCCAAACGGAGAAACUACAUAUACAAUGACCUCGGAAAUAUUUCCUCCUAAUGCUGCUCCAGGAGUGAUGACUCCGCCAUCUAGUGUUCCCACAGAAAACAGUGAGAAUUACAACUUCCACCAGUACUACAACACCGACAGUACAACUACAAACGCAAAUCAGCAAGUAGCGCCGCCUGAGAGUAGCAACGGAUCAUCAGAUUUUAAUUUUUUAAGUAACCUGGCUAACGAUUAUAUCCCAGAGUAUUAUCAAAUAUGAUGUAAUGUGCAAUCAAAUUGUUUUUAAGUGAUAUAUAUUCUGUUAAUAAUGUUUUUUUUGUUUUGUUAAGUCCAGUUAGUUUUUAGGUCAAUGGAAUAGUUAUUAUUAUUGUAAAUAUUGUAAAAAUGUACAAAUCAGUCGUGUUAGUCGGAAAAUAUAGCUUUAGAGAUAACACAUAUUCGCUAAUUUACAUCAUCACGGUUAGGUAGUUGUCUUACAUCUUACAGUUUUAUUUUCUUUUGACAAUUCAAUGUUAACAAUUAUGUAAUGGGUUAUGGUUAAUAUUCCAACGAUGUUCUAGAUAACAGUGACUAUAAAAUGGUGAAG